CAGUCCCUCUCUCUCUAUCUCUCUCUAUCUCUCUCUCGCACUUCACUUUCUCUGUGUCCGUUGGAACCAAACAGUUCCUUCUCUCUCUUUCUCUGUCUUUCUCUAUGCUCCUUUCUCUGUCACACACAGAACACCCUUCUCUCAAUUCCUCACUCCAUUUUUUCACUCUCACGGAGUUAGUUAUUUACUCACAAACAAACACUCCCUAAUACCUUCUUCAUCUUCUUCUACUUGUUAUUCAAGUGUAACAUGACCACACUCGUUACUAUCUCACACUACCAUUCAUGAAUCCUACUACCACUCAACCCCCACCGCCUUCGUUGCCACCGCCGUCGCUACCACCACCGCCGCCUCAGCUCCAGCCUCACCGCCCCUCCACCUCCUGCGACCGCCACCCUCAGGAGAACUUCACCGGCUUCUGCCCUUCAUGCCUCUGCGAGCGCCUCGCCGUGCUCGAUCCCAACUCUUCAUCUUCUUCCGCCGCCGCACGCAAGCCUCCGAGCUCCUCCGCCGCCGCUGCCGCCCUUAAGACCAUCUUCCGCUCCUCCGUCGCCUCGCGCCGCCCUCCUCCAUCCUCCCUCCCGGAGCUCCGCCGCACGAAGUCGUUCUCCGCCUCCAAAAACGAAGCCCUUUCCGGUUUCUUCGAACCGCAGAGAAAAUCCUGCGACGUAAGAGGUCGCAGCACCCUUUUCACCCUCUUCAACCAGGAAGCAGAAGUCGAAACGCGCCACCUCCCCUCCUCCUCCGUGGUUCAGAAACCCGUCCUCGAGUCCGAAGAGGAAGACGACGACGAAGGCGACGAAGAAAAAGACAACAUUGUCGUUCACGACGUAACCGACAUUAAAGUUCCCGAAUCUCCUCAACCCCAACCAGCUCACGCGGAAACUAGAGUUUCAGAAAUCGUAGAAGAGGAAUCAGAAACAGUUCCUGAACCCGCAGAAGCUGACGUGGCAGACGAAGAGGCUCUGAAGGCGAUGAAGGACCACAUGGAUCUGGACUCACAAACGAAGAAAACCUCUGGUCGAGACCUUAAGGGAAGUUUCUGGUCCGCUGCUUCGGUCUUCAGCAAGAAGCUUCAGAAGUGGAGGCAGAAGCAGAAGAUGAAGAAGCGUGAGCGGAACGGCGUCGUUGUGGGCUCCGGCACUCUGCUCCCUGUCGAGAAGCCCAUUUCUCGCCAAUUCCGCGAAACGCAGUCGGAGAUCGCCGACUACGGCUUCGGCCGCCGCUCCUGCGACACCGAUCCGCGCUUCUCGCUCGACGCCGCGCGAAUGUCGUUCGAUUUCGAGGAGCCGCGCGCCUCCUGGGACGGUUAUUUAAUGGCUAGGACUGCGCCUACUUUCGCCGUUCCUCCGAGGAUGCCUACGAUGAUCGAAGACGCGCCGGCGCCAGUUCAGGUUCUCAGGACCGAUUCCCUUAUUCCCGUGGAGGAGCCUGAAUAUGAGGAGACUCUCACUCUUAAUCUUAAUCAAAAUAUUAAUUUUAGUGUUAAUCAUAAUGUUAAUGCUAAUCCUAAUCUCCCUGGUGGUUCUAAUCAGACGAGGGAGUAUUAUUCGGACUCUUCCUCGCGGAGGAGGAAGAGUCUUGAUAGGUCUAAUUCAAUUAGAAGGACUGCUGCUGCUGUUGUUGCUGAAAUGGACGAGUUGAAGAGUGUUUCGAAUGCCAGUGCUACUACUAAUGCUAAGGUUACUCCUGCUGCUUCUGCUGAUUAUGUGCACAAUCCCUUGAGGGACUCCAAUUUGAAUUCGAAUUCUUUGAGGGAUGAUGGUUGUGAGAAAGGGGCUUCCAAGAAGUCAUCGAGCCGGUGGAGCAAGGCGUGGAGUAUAUGGGGAUUGAUUCACCGGAGAGGGAGUAAGGAGGAGGAUGGUGGAGGGAAUGGAAAUGGGAAUGGGAAUGGCGUGGAGAGGUCGUACUCAGAGUCAUGGCAGGAGUAUCGAGGUGGGGAGAGAAAUGGGGAUGUUAGAGGUGGUGGUUUUAAUCCGAAGAUGAUGAGGAGUAAUAGCAGUGUGAGUUGGAGGAAUGGGCAGGGUUUAGGUGGUGGAGGGUUUGGAAGUGUGAGUAUGAGGAAGAGUGAUGUGCAGGGGAAUGGGCUUGGUGGUGGUGGAAGGAAGGGGAAGGAUGAGUUUGUUGGGUUGGAGAGGAACCGGAGUGCAAGAUACUCGCCAAACAGCAUCGAUAACAAUGGUCUCCUGAGGCUCUACUUGGGCGGCCGGAGAAACGGGUCCGGGAAAGGAAGGUCGAACCAGGCACAUUCUAUAGCCAGGAGCGUUCUCCGGCUGUAUUGAAAAGUUGAAGGUGGUCUUUGGUUUGAUGCUAUUAGUUAGUUAGUUACAUUUGGUGCAUUUGUUUGUGUAAAACUACACAUGCUGCCUAUGUAUUCUUGAUGGUUGGUUACUUUGGUUACUGGUUACUUGGUUGGUAUAACAGCACCUGCAGCUGCUGCAGCUGCAUCUUUCUUUUUUACAGUCAAUAUGAUGGUUCUUUCUUCAGUUACUCUUAAUAAUAACAAGAAUUUUAAUUUUUAAA